AUGAACCUUGACUUGAGAAGCGGAAGGCUUUCUGCAGCAUUGUACGUCUUGAUGCGCAGCGCCAGCCUCCUGAGCCUCCUGGGCUCAGUCCACGGCGUGACCUUGAGGUUCGGCAUGGACAUCGAUUGGCCCCCCUACGCAUACAAGAACACGACUACGGGUGAGCUCGCUGGCAUCGGCAAGGACAUCGCGGACGGCAUGACUGCGCUCUGUGACAACCUGACCAUCGAGGCGGUGGAGACGGGCUGGCUGAACUGCUGGACCUCAGAUGGCAAGCUCGGGCCACUGCUCGAGAAUGGGACCUUGGACGCUUGCAUGACGUACAGCCAUGGCCGUGGACUCCGUGACACCCUGGCUGACUGGUCCCUCGCCAUCCUUGACGACAACAAGCCGGCGGGUCUCAUGACCUUGCUCUUGAACGGCAAGCCGGUGGUCAGCGGCAUGGACGACUUGGCCGGGAAGACGAUCAUCGACGUUGGUGGUUGGGCUCCGACAGCAGAUGGACUGGGCUACGUGACCAACAAGUGCACCAACCAGCCCUACUCGUCCAACUACACCCUGGUGGUCGGCCCCGAGAACGACGAUGCCAUGCGGAUGCUGCGCAACGGCGAGGGUGAUGCGGUGUUCCUCUACGCGGACCAAGCUCACCUCUACCAGUGUGCCUCCGCAGACGUGGCAGCAGAAUGGGAUUGCAGCCUUUGGUCAGGCUUCGGCACAGAGUUCGCCUACGUCCAGACGGGGCAGAAGGGCUGGGCCGUCAACGGCACGACUUUGGCGAUGACCAAACCCGGCUCGGCUGUGCCGGGGCUGAUCAACUCAUGCCUUGCCAGCUUCAUGGAAACCAAGGAGUACUACGACAUCUGCGUCAAGCACGGCUUUGAGAGCUCCUGCUAUCCGAACAGCUUCUUCCCGAGCGGAUCAGCAAACUCAGCCAGCUAUGACAAGCCGACGAACGAGCUCACCGGCGACUGCUCUGGCGGGUAUUGCCCGUGCAGUGUGGAAGCAGCGCCAACAACGACAACCUCAUCAGGCCCGGAGUCGAGCGGUGCUGUGGAGGUGAGCUUGGGAUCCCUGGCCGGCCUGAUCUCCAUGUCUCUUCUCUGA